GGGUGCAUGUGGAGCUCUGGAGGUCUACUGGGACGGCCUCCGAGAGCAGCUCACCAUGAAGUGGCUGAUCUUCACUGUGCUGUGCCUGCACCUCUGCGAGGGGCUGCUGCGGGUUCCUCUGAAGAAAGGCAAGUCCAUCAGGGAGGUGAUGAAGGAGAGCGGUGUGCUUCACGACUACCUGGCGAAUCACCGCUAUUAUGACCCUGCCUACAAGUUCUUCAGCAACUUUGCCACUGCCUAUGAGCCCCUGGCGAACAGCAUGGAUAUGUCCUAUUAUGGGGAGAUCAGCAUCGGGACCCCCCCGCAGAACUUCCUGGUGCUCUUCGACACCGGCUCCUCCAACCUGUGGGUGCCCUCCACGCUCUGCCAGAGCCAGGCCUGCGCCAACCACAACGAAUUCAACCCCAAUGAGUCCUCCACAUUUUCAACUCAGAAUGAGUUCUUCUCCCUGCAGUACGGAUCCGGCAGCCUCACUGGCAUCUUCGGCUUUGACACAGUGACAAUCCAGGGCAUCUCCAUCACAAACCAGGAAUUUGGCCUGAGUGAGACGGAGCCUGGCACCAACUUUCUGUACUCUCCUUUUGAUGGCAUCCUGGGGUUGGCCUUCCCUGCCAUCUCUGCUGGUGGAGCCACUACUGUGAUGCAGCAAAUGCUGCAGGAAAACCUGCUGGACUCCCCCAUCUUCAGCUUCUACCUGAGUGGGCAGGAGGGCAGCCAAGGUGGUGAGCUCAUCUUCGGUGGCGUCAAUCCCAACCUGUACACAGGGCAGAUCUCCUGGACUCCUGUCACCCAGACCACCUACUGGCAGAUCGGGAUCGAAGACUUCACCGUUGGUGGGCAGAGCAGUGGCUGGUGCAGCCAGGGCUGCCAGGCGAUCGUUGAUACGGGAACCUCCCUCCUCACUGUUCCCAACCAGGUCUUCAGUGAGCUGAUGCAGUACAUUGGAGCUCAAGCUGAUAGCAACGGCCAGUACGUGGCAAGCUGCAGCAACAUCGAGUACAUGCCCACCCUCACCUUCGUCAUUAGCGGCACCAGCUUCCCCCUGCCUCCCUCUGCCUACAUGCUCCAGAGCAACAGUGGCUACUGCACUGUUGGGAUUGAAUCCACCUACCUGCCCUCCGAGACUGGGCAGCCCCUCUGGAUUCUUGGAGAUGUCUUCCUAAGGGUCUACUACUCCAUCUAUGACAUGGGCAACAACAGGGUGGGCUUUGCCACUGCUGUGUAGGCAGGCUCAGUGCUGUGCCACAGCUCUGUGCACUGGGGCAUCUCCAUCCCCGCAGAGCCCAGACCCUUUCUCUUGCAAAAUUUUUGCAUUGAAGAUGGGUUUCUUUCCAGACUGUACUGUGAAGAAAUAAAAGAGCUGCGAAAAUAAGAUUAAGCAUAUGUAG